AUGUUUAAAUUAUUAAUUUCACUUUUAUGUUGCAAUACAGUCUGGUCACAAAUUGAUGGCGAAUUCUGGUGGUUAAACGAAAAAUUAGCUCAGCUGCAUAACAUCGCACCGCCGGAGCCGAAAUUCGAUGAUGUUAGCGAUGCUGAGACUGAUGAAAGUGUGAAAAUUGUUUUUAAAGAAGAUUUCGAUAAUGCAGAAUAUGAUACUGAAGGCAAUAAUUUUAGACCCGAGGAAAAUACAAAAAUGUUAGCGGCAAUUCAUUUUAUCGAUAAAAGUGAACUUAGUGGACCGGAUGAAGAUUUACCGAAUUCGAUUGGACCGAAGGAAACACAGGAUACACUAUUGACUAUGGGCAGUAACGAAACUAGUAUUGCAUCUACCACAGAAAAAACUGGAAUGACGACUGGUAGUUCUAUAAUCUUGUCGCAAACAGAAGACGUUUUGAAUUUUAUUUUUCCUAACGACAAUCAAUUAGAUUCAAAUGAUACCAAUAAGAAAGUAAAUUAUAAGGAAAAUACGUUGGAUAAUAAAACUGAUGAAUCAAGACAUGUUUCUUUUAGAGAUAAUAUUAAGAUUCAAGACAGUGAAAGCAUUUGCUCUUUUAUGAAAACAAUCCAGUGCGUUAGUAAUCGUGGAUUUCCAUAUUCGUUUAACGGCAGACCUCUUUUGAGCCAAAAGGUGCAAGACCGUCAAAUAGUUUGCUGCAUUUUGCCACUGAAAGCUUACGAUUCAUCGAGAAUUCUGUUUCCGGACUCAAGGCCUAAUCAUUUCCAACGUCAUAAAAGAUCUGAUAAUCAUGAACGUGAAACUCAAGCACUCCGGCAAAGGAACGCGCUAUUGAGAAGAAAAUAUCAAUCACAACCUUCGGAUUCAAAAACACCUUCAACUACUGCUCGUACCGUCGUUACUCAAAGAAUAGUAACCCCUGAAGAUUAUUUGGAUCCAUAUUGGAACAUAAAGAAUUCUAAGUUUAGAAAUCCUGCUGCACCAGAAAGCGAAAGCUCACAAACAGAUUCGAAGUAUGAUUAUAGUAACCAAGAAUAUGCCGAUGAAGUGCCUAAGCCGGGUGGAUUAUUAGGACUUUAUUCAGAUCAUAAAAAUAAAGGCUGGACUUUGGUAAGACCAAACGCAUUUUCUUAUAUUGACACAGAAGAAAUAAGCGAAGAGGGAGAAGAUGGUGACUUUUCUCUUGGAUAUUCAACUAUAGAUCCAAGACUUGAUAUUCCUAUGGCAAUAUCUGCAUCAAAGCGCAAACCAUCAAGAAUAAAAAUUCCAUCAAAAGACGUAAUCCCUUUAGCAAGCAACGUCAUAAGCUUCAGGUCGAAACCUGACUUUCAAGUUUUACAAGGCUUUAAACUGCUAAACUUAGUGGAAAAUAAGAGCAGAUUUGUCAGAAGAACGACAUCAAGCUAUGCGCCAUAUAUUUCAACAGAUCGUGAACCAACCAAGUCUCUUAGCUCUUACAAUGCAGAUUAUGAAGAUAUUGAUUUAGAUCAACAGGUUUAUAGAAACUGUGGAACGCGAUCCAAUAAUAUUUUUGACUCAGAAGAUCUUGUAGGUGAAGUGGAAAGAGACUCACAACCGUGGCUGGCGCUACUUGUUUUGACAAGAAAUCGUCAAAGUAUACUGUGCUAUGCUACACUAGUGCACCCGCGAGCUGCCGUCACUGCAGCGGAUUGUGUCUACGGAACGGCAGCUGGUGAAGUUAGUGUAAUUGCCGGCAUUUUUGAUCUAUCCGAAGACAACACCAAAUCUCAACAUAGAGUGGCAACUGUUAUAACUCAUCCGCAGUAUAAGCCAGGAAAAUUAUCAAAUAACUUAGCAGUUUUACAUUGGAAGCGCCCCCUGAUCCUCGGAAACCGCGUGCAUCCAGCGUGCUUGUCAGGCCCUCAUGUCGGUGACAACUGUUACUUCGUGGGUUGGGGUGGAUACGAUGAAGCAAUUGGAGAACAACCGCGAUGGCAACGCGCUACUAUCCUUCCCCCCAAGGUUUGCAAACCUCGGUUAUCCAAAUUGGAUGUAGAGUCACCGACGGAUGCAUUUUGUGUAUCGGCUGAGACCGCUGGAAGUGUAACUGGCGUGGGCGGUCCUCUUCUAUGUACGAACAAUGAAAAGCAAUACAUUGCAGGUGUGGCUGUGUGGCGCGAUGGAAUCAUUCUCACAAUACCAGUCUUGGACUGGACAGCUAGAGUUGUGGAGGAAAUAUUAAACUAA